ACAACAGCGUAGUAUGGCAUAUAUUACUUAUUACAUUACACGCCAGCAGGGUCGUUAGUUAUUACUAAUAGACCAUCUACUUGCGCCCUGGAACCUGCGCGGCAUAUUGAGUAGUGUGGAUUUGCUACGUAAUAGUACCUAUGCUCCAGUAACGAUGUUAUCGAGAACUCGGCGCUGGGGGGCCCCGGAAGCAAGACGGAUAUAAAUAUCUAGGAACCCGCCAACCUGGCGUGCAGCCGUACCGAUGCACGCAGUACAACUGGACGAGUCGGCUGCCUAUCCAAAUUGAUUGUACUUCCCAUCUACCACAUCCACCUAAGCCGAGAAAAAAAGCAACCAUGGUUAAGGCAGUCGUGCGGGGAGAGGGAGGCAAGGCGGAGAUCCAGGAAGUGCCUAAGCCUCGACUGCGUGAGGGUCACGUCCUCGUGAAGGUCAAGGCGAUUGGCGUCAACCCUGCCGACUGGAAAACGAUUGAAUAUGGCCUAGCGGGCACUGGCGCAAGGAUAGGACUGGACUACGUCGGGAUCGUGGAAGAGGUCGGCGAAGGCGUCGCGAAGCCCUUCAAGAAGGGCGAUCGUAUAGCAGGCUGGGUCCACGGGGGGAAUCGACACAACCACGACUUCGGCUCGUUCGGUGAUUACCUCACUGCUAAAGCCGCGCUUCAAUUCAAGGUUCCCGACAGCAUUAGCGACGAAGAGGCCGCUACUUUUGGUGUUUCUGUAACAACACUGGGCCAAGGUCUCUACAAGAUCCUUGGGUUGCCGUUCCCGAGCGAGCCGACCAAGACGCCGUAUCCUAUCCUCAUCUACGGCGGUAGUACCGCCACCGGGCUCUACGGCAUCCAAUACGCCAAGGCAUCGGGGCUAACGGUGAUAGCGACGGCGUCCCCUCACAACUUCGACUACGUCAAGUCGCUAGGGGCUGACGCCGUGUUCGACUACAAGUCGCCGACGUGCGGGGCGGAUAUCAAGGCGUUCACGAACAACAAGCUCAAGCUGGCCUGGGACUGCACCGGGAAGGGCGUGGAGGUGUGCGCGGCGGCGCUGAGCGACGCCGAGGAAAGCAAGUAUGCGACCAUCAUAUCCGUCGACAAGGACCUCCUCAGGCAGCUCAACCCCAAGGUCGACGGCCCGUACUUUCACCUCGCCUACGAUGCGUUUGGCGACGGGUACCCGUGGUGGGACGGCGAUGUGCCCCCGAAGCCGGACGAGUUGGAGUUCGGGACCCGAUUCUUGAGCCUGACGCCGCAGCUAUUGGCGGACGGCACGAUCAGGCCCAUCCGCACGUUCGUAAACCGAGGGGGAAGCGGCCUAGAGGGCGUGCUUAAGGGCUUGGACGAGUUGCGGGCUGGCCGGGUGAGCGCGGGCAAGCUGGUUUACACGCUGUGAAAAGGGAAGGGAGAGCACGUCCGUUUAGCCUUAUCGCCGCGCGCAUCUACCUAGAUGAUCGGAGGAUGGGGCACAAAAGUGAUUAUUACAUCAGCGAAUGCUUCCGCCAAUUUACACUGAUUGCCGCUCUGCGCUUCUCUAAGUAUGUUUUUAUACCAAAGAGCUAGAACUUUACUAAAUAUUAAGUGAUGAAAAAGAAGUAAGUAGAAACUAAUACUUAAUUAGACUACAAAUUAGAAUUAGCAAUUAACGUUUCAUUAAACUACGCGAAACUAACCUUUUAUUAAACUGUAUAUAAAUAAAUAAAAACUGUAAAAA